AAAAUUCGCCACCCCAACGAGGGCGGCGGAGGCAGGACAAGCGGCAUACGCGGACGGACACAGCGGCCUCUUGUCGGUGAAUACUUUUGAUACGAACAUGCAGACCGAUGAAGACAACGACGUCACGUCACCCACGACUGGCGUCAAGCCGGCAACAGACGUCAUCCACAACAAUUCGUCGACGUUGUUGUUGACGGACGACGUUGACGUCGAGGCACGAGACGACGGACCAUAUCGCGUGCAAAAGCGACAACGAAAGGCGCAUGUGACCACAGACACAGGUGUACCUCUCAAUGCAUCUGCGGCGACGGAAGUGUCGGAGAAAUCGAAUUUCCUCAGCACGAACACACAGAAAGCCAAGGUGAAGAAGCGCGGGUUUUCGAUCGCACACGAGUUUGAGCGUGAAAUCAGCGUAUCCACGAGUGUCUCGAUACCGCUGGACCUUCAACCGUCCAGUCCUAUCCCGUCUUCGACGGCCCCACCGUCCUCGUUAGAUCUGUUCUCUCCCAAACCUCCCACGCCCGAGAAAGUCGCGCCUGCCAAGGCCAACACCACUACCGCGAGAGCUCACCGACGCGAAACGAUAUCUCCAGACCGCGUUCCGUUGGAAUCUGAAAGCCAUGCUGGGCCUGGCAGAAGGGACACACUCUCUCCUGAUGGGUUACAAGGCAUCCAGAACCUCGUCCUCGACGAGUCAUCCCAAGAAAGCGACCGCGUUGACGGCAUGGACGACGACGAAAAAGAUAGCUUGGAGAGCAAUGCACGCUCGACAUCCGCCAGUGAGAGGAGAGCGCGUUCGUCGGCAUCGUACCACGACAUGAAGCAUGCAGUCUCGGAUGAACUUCGUUCCAAUUCUUGGGACAAGUCCCUGACAAGUCCAACAAACAAAAGCUCUCUCAGUGCAAGUCGUCCAGAAGAUCACGUGUCGCGGCGAUCCACUUUGGAUCCAGCAGAAGUGGCAGGCAUUUUUACAGGUCGUGACUCAUUGCUCGUGCCAGCGACAGGCCGCCGAGAAACACUCGACCCACUGGAAGCCUUGGCGGUGCUGCAAGGCGGCACAUCGUUCACCCACGACCCUACCACAGCAGUCGCCCCUGCAGACAAACCACCUCACGAGCACAACGACGUUGCAACGAAAGCUGCCGAGUCGGCGGCCGCGACCACAAGGGAUACCGUCAACCCGGCCGACUUGAUGGCGCUUCCAAUGGACAACCACGAUAGCAGCGACGACGAGAACCAAGUGCUCGGGUCGUUUCGAGUCGAGACAACCGAUGGAGAACGGCGUCAAGGCACACACAGCGCACCACAAGAUGCUGCUAUCAACGAACGCAAUCGGCUGUCGGUAGUGACGACGUCCAAGCCAGCGAACCUACCAUCAGUCGCCCCACCGGUUGCGGCCGCGAGGAACCACCAAGGCCAAGUUGUGACAAAGCCAGGCCCCCACCCGUCCCUCUUUUCUCCUCCCAUGCGGCGGAACCAACCCACGCCGCUGAAGAGCUGCCUGAGUGCGCGGAAAAUGGCCGUCCCGAAGAAAGCCGACGACCCCACACCGACCAAAUCGGUCGUGUUUGGGUCCCCACGCGGCGCCGAGUUUCGCCGGAACGACCCGUCGACGUCGAUGACUCCGAUGUGUGCGCAGCGGACCAAGGAAAUGUUUCCCCUAGACAAGAUGGACAGCGACGAGGACGAAGUCACGUCGGAGAACACGAGCAUCUUGGACGAAGCGGAUCACUUGAUGGACAAAGACGAGAGCGAUGACGAGAACCAGAGCUUGUCGUUUCCGUUUGGAAGUAUUCGUAGCCCGACGCGCAAGCGAAGCCGCGCCAGCAACGGCGGCAUCAAGGGGUUGAGUCCCCUGGACGCCAUGGCCGACGCCCGACGCCAACGCCGCGCGUCGAUCGGAGUAAGCGGCCUGCCCCCUCCCCACCUCCCGUCAUCGGCGCUCAAACCGUCCCGGCGGCAGUCGCUCUUGGGCGUGAACGUUAUGCAAAGCAGCGACUCGUUGGUGAUCGGCAGUGCGAAGAAGAAGCCUCGACGAGCCACGACCUCGAUCGAGUCGUCGUCGUCGGAUGACAUGGACAUCACUGGCGAUUACUCGAACGUGGCGAGUGGACCACCAUCGUCCAAAGCCACCGCCCCCGACCUCUCGAAUGGCCUUGGGGACUUAUGGAAUGAUAACUACACCCCCCCAAAGACCGCCCAGUUAACCGUUGAAAGCUCGGACGAUGACGAGGAUCAAACUCUCGAGCUGGGGCCGGUGGGCCACCUCCAAGGGGACGCAAGUUUGUUCGCGAUCAAGCACACAAGUAUGGCUUCAACGACUACGGCGGUGUCGGCCACGACCCACUUCGUGUCGGAAGUCCAGACAUCGCUGCAUCCGAUUGCCGAGGGCGAAGAAGGUGGGUCCUCGCGCAGCAGUUUGCUCAGCCACCUCAGUCUGAGUGACGACGAUGACGACGACGAUGGUCCCGACGACCCCAACUACGACGCGCAACGUGAAUCACUCGUCAUCAACUUGGGCGGCAAGUUUGACAAGAUGGGAUCGUCGGGCAAAAAGAAAAAACAGAAUCCAUCACCACGGGCGCCCACCUCUCCUUCGUCCAUGUCCCUCGAAGAAGCGUCUAGUCGGCCAACAUCAUCCAUCGAUGCGAUAGAUGCCGUUGCAUCAUCGCCGACAGCGACGGCCGUCGAUCUGUCGCUGGGCUCACCGUCACUUGAUCCGCCGCAAUCCCCGACCAAACCUGCGACGAUGCCAGCGUCCCCUGCCGAGCAGAUCGCCGACGUCCCUGCAGUGCCGUCGUCGCCCCUUGUCACGUUUGCGGAAUUCCUUGCCGCGUUGUCCCUCGAUCCUGUCGAGAGAACAGUGCAAAGCGAAAUCGUCGCGUGCUCCAAGCUCUUGGUCGUGACGCCCGUGCUGCAACACAAAGAUCGGUGGACCCAAGCCAUGGACGAACUCUCGACAUGGUUAUCGGAAAUGUCGGUGGAACGCGACCGAGCUGUAACCAAGGCGAUUCCAUCCUACUUGGCAAAGCUCGUGCAGUCGAACGCGGUGCCUCAAGAUGAGGUGCUGGCGCUGUACGAAGCCCACUUGCACUCGGUGUUGGCAGGAUGGUAUGCGUGGCGAAAGCGGAUGGAGUCGCCGACGCACUGGUCAACAGCUCUCACGGCCGUCGAAGCUGACCUGGCCGCGCUGCAACGUCUCCGCAUCGGUCGCGACGAAGCGCACGAGCGCGCCGCAGUCCAGAAGCUCAUGGCCAAAGAACUGGACAUGGAGCGAUCCCUGGAAUGGAUCCAAGAGCACCAAACCCUUCGCGCCGAAGCGGCAAGUCGCAUCGCGAAAUUGGAAAACGAACUUGAGACGCUACAGCUCACAUUGGUGCAGCACGACCACGACAUUGCGCUGCAUCGCAUGAAGCUCGAUGAGACAAGUGCCGCCGUGUCAAACCAAAAGUUGAACGAAAGGAUACACCUCGUCCAAGAGCGCGAAGACCUGUACCACAUCGCGUCGAGACUGUCAAAGUGGGCGCCCUCGACGGUCUCGGCCGCCGCGCUGGAGCUUCAUUUAACAAUCAAGUCGCUCAACUACAUGGACGGGAUCACGGUCCGCGUGAAAAUCGACUUGGCACAAGCAGGCACGACCCGCGACAAACCUGUCGACGUGAAUGUGGCCCCUAUCGUCGCACGCAAGCAGCCGUCGAUCUUUUACGACAUUGCUGCGCUGGUUCGAGUGACGUUGCUGGAUCCAUCGCGCCUGGAAGCAGUCGGCGCCACGACGGUGAGCCAACCUCAGGGAGUGUCGACGUUUCUCCAGUGGGCCGAAGUGGACGUGAUGCGGUCCAUGCGGCUGUGGAACGACGUGGAGCAAGUUGUGCUGCAGUACGCCGUCGCGACCGACUUGGCGGCGCGGCAGAUUCGGAUCGCGUUCGUCUCGUUUCAGAGCCUCGUCACGCUUCGCGUCGGCCUUCCCCUGACUUCGCAUUUUUACUUUUCCCGGUCCAUCCAGCCCACCGUGACUGUCGAGCUCGGCGCGGCCAAGGUGGAUGUGGACGAGUUGGUUCGGCGAAUUGAAGCCGUGCCCCGUGGGUUUCGCCGACUGCACGCCAUCUGCACUGCUGUGACGACCUACAUCGAGUCGCUCGUGUAGUCCGGUCGCCGCAGCUACGAGCUGCAGCAUCCGAGACCGUCAGUAGAACGAGUGGCUGUCGCGGCUGUAAAUAGUGCCCCCCCUUCUCUCUGACGAAUGUUUUCUUGGCUCGACGGCACACUUGCAUCUGGAUGUGAAUUAAUAAUAUGGCCAUCGCCGCCUAGCUGCAGAGACACCGCCGCAAGUGCCGC